AUGGAUCAAAAAAUAGAUAACUAUUUUUCUUUAGAUUCAAAAGAAAAUUAUAAAGAAUUGGUAGAUAUAAUUUCAAAAGAUAUUGAUAAUAAAAAUAUAAAAAUUCUUGAAUUUAUCGAAUGUCUUGGGAAAUAUUUAACAGAAAAUAAGGAAUUUAGAAGGAAAAAAGUUAUUAUUUUGCUUUCAGGCGUAAUUGAAUCAAUAUCUAGAAAAAUACUUGAUUCACAACAAAUACAUGUUUUAACACGAUUUUAUUGUGAUUGUCUUUGUGAUCAAUCAUGCGUAAAAGAAAUUCUUUCUGGUCUAUAUUCUUUACAAAAGAUGGAUUUUUUUGAUGAUAAAGAGGCAGUAUUUAUGUGCGGAGGUCUUUUUAAAAAUUUUGAUUCUGAAAGUAAUAUACAAUCUAUCAGAUAUGUUGUAUUUCAAAUUUUGAGUGAGUUAGUAAUAAAACAUCAAAAAGCAUUAAAAAAGAUGGGGCCGGAAUUUAUCAAAGGGUUAAUUAAAAUUAUAGGCAGAGAAAAAGAUCCUAGAAAUUUGAUUUUGGUAUUUUCUAUUAUGAAUACAGUUAUUUCUGAAUUUGAUAUAACUUCUUAUGCGAAGGAUAUUUUUGAUUUAUUAUUUUGUUAUUUUCCAAUUACCUUUAAACCAUCAAUUAAUGAUGUUUUUGGAAUUACUUCAGAUGAUUUAAAAUUUUGGUUAAAUAAAUGUCUAUCUGCGAAUGAUAUUUUGUCGCCGUAUUCUAUCCCAUUAUUAAUAAAUAAAUAUAAUUUUUCUUCUGUCAGUAUAAAAAAAGAUAUAUUAGAUAUCCUAUCCUUCUGUAUGAAAACAUAUUCACCUAAUGUUAUUAAGAUUUAUGUUUUACAAAUAUGGAACACAUUAAAAAAUGAUUUGUUCGAAGGCACAGAUGAUGAUUUUCUGAAGAAAUCAUUAGAUUGUCUUUUUAUAAUAUCAAAAACUUUGUCUAAAGAAACAUCAGAGAUUUCGAAAAAAAAUUCAUUAUUGGAAUUCUUUAGUUUUAUUUCAAAUGAAAUCAAUGAUCAUUUUAAAGAACCAGAUACAAAAACUGCGAAAAAUGGUAUAAAAAUUCUUUAUGCUCUUUCAUCGUCAUCUAAAUAUGCUUUUGAAAUACUUUCUAAAUUUUGUGUUUCUGAUUUAGUCUCAAGAUUCGAAAAAGAAGAUUCAAUAAAUACUAAAACAGCUAUUUUGGAGCUUUUAUCAUUUAUUCUACUUUCAGGGCUUCAUGUUUAUGGUUCUUAUGAAAAAAAAAUAGAUGAAAUUCCUGAUGAUUCUAUUUUAAUUCAGGAAAAAGAUAGAUUGUUGACUAUUUCAUAUAAUUCAUUAACAACCUCAUCUUUUUCAAACAAAUAUAUAAAAGCUGCUGCUAUACGCUUCCUUCUAACUUUUAGUCAAAUACAUGAUCUUUUGCAAUAUAAUGAACUGAAAUUAAUAGUAGAAUAUUAUAAUGAAAUAAUUAUUAAAGAAGAUAGUUUAAAGGCAGAAGCUUUAGAUGCACUGGUUAAGAUUGCAGAAAUCAAGCCUAAUCUUAUUUUUGAAAUAACUUUUCCUAACUUUUUAAAAUUGUUAUCAGAAGAAAGUUAUUCAUUGACACUAAAUAACCUUUUUCAGUCUCAAGAUGAAGUUAUUUUAACAACAUUGUCUUAUCUUUGUGUAGAAAAACGAUUAUUUACUACUCUCACUACUCAUUUAAUUAAAAAAUUUGAUGAUAUUAUUUUUGUUAAUGACAGAAAAAUAUUAUAUGGAAGAGCACUUAUGUUUACACUUUUACUAGCAAUUAGGACAAAUUUUACCAGAAAGAAAUUAGAUAUAGGUUCAUAUAUUAAUCAAUUAUUACCUCAACUUUUUACUCGUGUAAUAAAUGCUUGUAUUGAUUCCAAAGAAAAUAUAAUUAUAGAUUCAAAAAUAAUAAGCAUUAUUUCUCAAAUAACUAAUUUAAUAGUGCGUUCUUCAAAUUUUCAAAAGCAAAAACUAUUUAUUGCUGAUUUAAUUAAUUUAUUUAUAAAUGGAAAUUCUAAUUUAUUAUUUCUCUCAAAAAAUACUGAAAUACUUAAAGUUUUUAAACCUUUUGAUAAAAAUUCUACUUUAUAUCAAAAAAAAACACUUCCAAUUUUUAUUAGCGCAUUUGCAGGAAUUCAAAAAGAGCUUUUACCUCUAGAUUUGAAACUAGUUUUUAUAAAAACAGCAACAGAUUUAAUUUUAGAAAAUCAAUUAGAAGAUGAACAACGCAUUUUCUUAUUUAGAUUUAUAUCUUUGAUUUAUAAUAAAUAUAGCGAUGAACUAAAUUCUGAUUAUUGUGAAAUAUUCUUAAAUGAAAUUUCAAAAUUUUCUGAAAAUGACAUUUCAAAAAAAAAACUCAUGAUAUUAUAUAUUUUUUGGGUUAUAAAGGCGUUGAUUUUGAAAACAAAUAAAUAUGGUUAUGUAUUAUUAGAUAAACUUAUAAAUUUUUUAGAUGAUAAACAUCUCGGCGAAUUCAUUUCAUAUAAUUUUGGAAUAAUUUUGGAUGAAGAUGAAUUAAUUAAUAAGGAAAAUUAUGCAUCUCUCCAGGAAAAUCUUAAGUCUAAUUAUUUAGUUAUCUUUUCCUAUGUCAUUCAAUAUAUUCCAAAACAAGUUAUUUUUCCAGAAUUAGUUUCUAUUUUUCCUAUACUUCUUCAAUGUUUUUCUCUUGACAAUUGCAAAUUAAAAGCAUCUAAUAUUAAUACUCUUUAUACUAUAACAUUAGAAUCUCCAGAUUUGGUGGUAGAACAUCUUGCAUCUAUUAUUCCUUUUCUUCUAACAUUUAUUACCAAAAAAGACAAUUCCACGAAUAUUCAGAUUACAGCGCUUCAAUGUUUAGGAUUGUUCCCAACAGUUUUAAAAACUGAAUCCAUAUAUCCUUUUAAAAAUAAAAUUAUUCGUAAACUUACAAUGGUAUUAGAUGAUCCUAAAAAAGAUGUUAGAGAAGAAGCCAGAAAAACAAAACAUAAGUGGCAUAUAUGA